UAAUUCAAAAACACGUAUUGAUCUCAUUAAAUUUGUUAAGUAAUAACUUAAUUUCAUUUUUGCAUACAAUAUUAUUUUAAAAUUAUCAAGGCUCGCUCAACCCUUCUCCAGACCUCCACCAGCCCAAUUCAGGAAGACUUGUGCUGACGCCAGCCAUCAAACUUCUUCUGCGAUUGCAACUCGCCGGUGGCAUCGCCUUCUCCUCCGAUUCCGCUGUCGUGUCUUGUGAGCUGCUAUAGAAAAGAAAAAGAACAGAAAAAAACAGAAUUGUUGUGGUUUCUUUGCGGAAGGAUUACCAGAAAGCAACCAUGGAUGUUGAUUCGCAGCCAACGAUGGAUGAAACAAUUUUGGUUGGUGAUGAUUUAAUGACUGGUCCUCCAUCGCCUGUAGUCCCACCGGAAAUAGCCUCCCAUGUACUCCAAGGUGUUGAUUUGUGUGAUGGACUUCUCAGGAAUCUAUUUCUCUGCUUGCAAAUCAAUGACAUUGAACCGUUUUGUCAAGACCAAAUUGCUUUAUAUAAGGAAUGUGCUGAACGAAGGGAUAAGGAGAUACGGAAGCGACUUCAAGAUAGUGAAUUGAAGUUGGGUUUAUCAAUGCCUCUAGAUGAAGCCAAGGGGAGGGCCUCUCAGCUUGAGGCAGAAGUUACAUCAUUGGAGAGGCGCCUAAUUCUUGCUAGUGGAGUUGAGGGCAUUGAAGGUUUCCGCCAAAGAUGGAGCCUACAUGGCCGCCUUACUGAUUCCAAAAAUAGGUUGCAGUUCUUAAAGCAGGGCAUAGAUAGCAGAAAAAAAAAGGAUUAGUCCAUUGGAGAAUCAACUACCAAAAAUUGACUCUUGAUGUGAAGAUUGAACCGGCAUGAGGAUUGCACAAUGUUUUGUUUGUCCUCCCAAUACUUUACAGUUUCAACUUUUCUUUUACUUUUUUUAGCUAGGAUGUUUUUCUUUAUCUAAUAUUCCAAGUGAUAAAUCAACCAAGAGUUUGGGAUUUUAAGUCUGUAUUCUGCAUUUACACAGAGAUCGAUUGAUAAAAUAUUGGAUUUGACCAUUGUUGUGUUUGCUAGGAGUGUUAAUUAGUUGGAUCAAUUCGACCAACCUACGAAUGUAAAACAGAUGAAUUGAAUUGGUUCAAAUGGUUUAGAUAUUGCAUUUGCAAUCUACAAAUCCUUUAUAUUUGAAUAAAA